AUGAAUAACAACAAUUAUAGCUUAUUAUCUUUACCACCACCACCACCAUCAUCAUCACCAUUACAAGCAAAGGAACUAUGUAAUCUACUAAAUUGUUUUCUAUUUCAUCCAAUAUAUAAUGAUUCAACACUACUGUUCAAUGAUAAUUCACAGAAAAAGACCAAUACUUCCACUACUAGCAAUCAAACAGUAUCAUUAUCAGCAGCGGGUAUGAGAGCAUUAAUUUAUCAAUUACAAUCAAUUUAUCUUCGUACACCAAUAAAAUUAUUUCGACCAUCAAGAUUUGAUUAUUUAGCUUAUGUUAGAGCUCUUGCUAAUAAACAUGAUAAUAUUGAAAAUAAACCUUAUCGAUUUAGAACUCAUAGUUCAUUAGGAAUGAUUAUAAAUGUUGUUAGGAAACAAGGUUGGAAAUUUAUUCCUGAUCAAAUAUUACCUCCAUUGAUUGCAAAUUCCGCCACGGGAGUAAUUUUAUAUGCUACUUAUUUAACGACAUUAGAUUAUUAUACCAAACAACAUAACAAAACUAAAACCAAAACAGAACUACAGGAAACUGAUGGUGAAACUACUACUACCACUGGUCGAGCAAAUUUCAAUUGGUAUGCACCUAUUGAUACUUGGAGAGCAGGAUUUGUUGCUGGUGCCGUCCAAUCCCUUGCUGCCGCACCAGUUGAUGCAAUAUAUACUAGACUGACAGUAGCAGAAAUGUUGGAAGGAUCACAUGAAAAUUUAUGGGUAUUUGGAUUUAAUAAAUUACGAGAAAUUGGAUUAAUUGGAGUAUUUGCCGGAUAUGGUUUUUCAUUAGUUAAAGAAAGUGUUGGAUUUGCAUUUUAUUUUCUGACUUUUGAAAUUAUUAAAACUCAAGGAUAUAAUUUAACUUAUAAAUUAAUUAAUUAUUAUAAAAAACUGGAACAAUUAAUUAAAUUAAAUUUGAAAAAAUUAUUUAAAUGGGAUGAUGAUAAAAUUGAUGAAAAAUUGGAAAAAUUAGAAAAAUAUCGACUGAUGAAAAUAUUAAAAUCUUCAUUUAUAUUAAUUGCUGGUGCUUCUGCGGCGUUCUCAUUAUUAGCAGUUCAAUAUCCAAUUUCUAAAAUUCAAAAAAUUCAUUUAUCAAGAUUAGAAGCUUUGGAUGUUUAUAAUGCAUCACGAUUUGUUGGUAAUAGUUCACCAUUUUUUAAAUUAUAUUAUAAUUCUUAUGUUGAUACUUAUAAACAAGUAUUACGAAUGAAACAACGUGCUAAUAUAACUUGGUUUGAAGCAGCUUAUUCUGGGUUUGUUAGAAAUGCAUUGACUACUAUCCCAGCUACUUCGAUUGCCUUAUUAGUAUUUGAAAUAAUGAGAACUAAAUUAACUGAUAAUUUUGAAGAUUAUAAUGAUGUUCUUGAAGCGUGA